AUGCAAUAGUUUCCAAACUAAAUUGAAUUUUAAGAAGACUUUGAUUUUAAGAACUCAUAAUUGUUAGGAUAAGGAACAUUUGGAAAAGUAUAUAGGGCAAAGGCAUUAAAAUCUCUUCCUCCAGGUACUUAUGCAUUAAAAAUAAUUGAAACAUCUAAGUAUAAAAAUAUUAUAUUUGAAGCGAAUAGGCUUAUGAGCUUGCAAUAUAAGAAUUGAACUUAUAUUAAGUGAUUACAUAUCAUUAGAAUGUAAUAAAGGUUCAUAAAGUUUACUCUUGGAUAGAAUAAAUGCCAGCAAAAAAAUAUAUUUUAGUAUUUGCUAUGGAAUUAGCUCAUAAUAGCUUAAAAGCAGAUAUAGAAGAAAGAAAAAAAGCAUAAUAAGAAUUUGGGGGUAAAAAUAAAUAUGUAAUAUCUAUUAGAUAUAAUGCUGAUAGACAUAAUGAAUUAAUGUUUGAAAGCAUUUUAUUAUCUAGCUAAAAAUAAACAUUUGUUUCAUAGAGAUAUAAAACCAGAAAAUAUAUUAGUAACCUGCAGAUAACCAUACACUGUAAAAUUAGCUGAUUUUGGAGCAGGAAAGGAGAACUUCAAUGGUUAAGCAAUGCUUAAUACAUUAGUAGGAACACCAUUAUUUCUGUCUCCUAAACUAUAUAUUGCUUAUACAACUAAUUAGCCUGGAAAAGUUAAGUAAAUUAUUAAUAUCAAUUUAGACAUGAUUUAGAAAAGAGUGAUGUAUUUUCAUUAGGAAUUACAUUUCUUCAAAUGAUUCUUCUUUUAAGUGACAAAGAUCUUUCAAAAUUGAAUGAUCCAAUCAUUUAUGAAGAAAAAACUGGAAAUGCUAUUGAUAGUAGCGAUGAUCCUAUGAAAAAAAAGGAUUGUUAAGGAUGGAAAAAAUUAUAAUAACAAAUUAGUAGAAUACAAAAUCCUUAAAUAAAAGCUUGUAUCUAAGGAAUGACAGAGUUUAGUGAAAGAAAUAGAUUUACAUGGCUUUAAGCUUUAAAAGCUUUGAAUACAGAUUAUGAGGAUGAGUAUUAAAUUUAAUUAUUUUAGUGAUAAAGAUUAAUCUUAUAAUCCAGCUUAGAUAAAAGAUGAAUAAACAAAGGCUAUUAAAUUUUAUUCAAAUUAAAAUACUACUUUAAGAUAUUUAGGAACUGUUAAUGAUUUAUCAAAUCACAAAAAGAUUAUAUCAGCAGGAAGUUAAAUAUUAGCCUAUUCGAAUGAAGGAGUUAGACUAAUAUCUUUAAAUGGAGUUUCAGAAUGCAUAUUUUCUUAAAGUAGUUAAUUGUAGUAAUGAAGGUGUCUCUUUUUUAUCAUAUUUACAGUCAUUAAAUAUUUGUGUUGGCAUCACAUAAUCUGGAGAGAUUUUUGGAGUCAAUUUGAAGACCAAAACUUUUUAUUGUGAAAAGAUCCUUCAUUUUUAAUAUGAUAAAAUAACUGUGAAUUUAUUAAAUAUUGUUUUAGGUGAUGAAAUAUAUGCGAAAAGAUUUAUGUAUCCUUGGGGCAUAAAAUGGAGAAAUUAUGAUCUUAGCAUUUGAUACUUAGCCACCUUCUGUUAUUAAAAAGUAUAAAGAUGUGGAUAGAGCAGUAAUUGAUUUAAUUUAUGAUGAUGAAAACAAACAAAUUAUUUCUUCUCAUGAAAAUCAAAUGAUAUAUGGAAAAUAUUUGGUUUAUGAAUAAUCGUAAUUAUCUUAUUUAAUUUUAGUGCAAAAUUUCAAUUUGAUUCUUAGGUAGAUAACUUAUAAUUAAUUUCUUCAGAACAUUUUGCAGGAAUAAGUAAAAAUCUUCCUUAAAUACCAAUUUUUCACAUUAAAGAUGGUAUUUUUUAUUUCUAUUCUUAGGCAACAUUAGUAUCAUUAAAAAAUGUUAAAUUAAUGGAAAUAAUAUACCUUUAGCAAUCACUUUAUCAGAUAAUUAUUUGGUUUGGGUUUGUGAAAAGUACAUUGGAUCAAUUUAAAUCUCCAAUUAGUUGAAUUAAUUGAAAGAAGAUUAAGGAAAUGAAUUAAUGGUCAAUGCUUCUAAACCAGCAAAACUAAUUUGUUUUUUGCAAAUUGAGAAAAUGAUUCUAGCAAGUGAUGGAUUAAAACUACAUAAAUACUAAAUUGGAAAAAAAUCAUAAGAUAAAAAUGUCUGUGAAAAUUGCAGAAUUUUUUGA